CAGGAAGUUCCAGAAGAGCAGGUGUCAUGCAUCCUUUCUUCAAUAGUUGAUUAUGACAAGCUUUUGGGCGGAUUUUCACCCUUUCCAGAAUCAUUUGAUUCGUUCCAUUCAUUCGCGAAAUGGAAGCGGCUAUUACAAUUAUUGGAUGUCUAUGGAGGCGAUGACGCACAGGCACAGAUUGUGAGUUCGAAAGCAACCCAAAUCGCAUGGCAUUUCAACUAUUGGCACUAUCGCUGGCAGAUUCUUUGACUCGUCACAAUAUCUUCGUGUCUCAUGCAUUAGGUCCGAAACUUCAUCAUGGGUCUGGUGAGAAAUCCGAGAAAAAAGACCGCUUCAUCAGAAAGGGGAGAAAUGGGUCCUGCGAGUUGGAGCAGGGGAAUAAAAGUAUACAGCUUGUGCACCCAAGCAAUCGCAAGUCAAACCGAAACCGGCCAUCAAAAGAGCAUUGAGCGAGUCAGAAACAAAACAAUGCUAGUAACGCCGCACCGAGACUCCAGCACCAAAUACAAUACAAAGCUGUCUAAAAGUAGGAAGCAUUGUUCUUUCAUCACACCUCCAUUCGAAAUGGACCAGCCGAAAAAAAAAAAAAGGUCUCAUGCACGUCAUAGAAUGUAUAGUCGUGGAGAAGGUAGAGGAGCGGGAGAGCGAGGCGAAAUGGGUAGUGAUGUAAAGAACCAGGUAAGGCGUGACACGCCGUGGACCUAUAAGCUGGAAAUGUUCUCAAAACGCCAUGGAUUAUGCAGUUCAGCAAGCAGCUGCCAGUCGCACAUAUUGGUGAAUUCGGCAUUCAACAUGUCGAGUAUAUUCAAGAACCGGAAAGUAAGUGUCAUGGAAGAAUUGCUUUUGUCGAAGCCAAGGUAACUUUUCCGUAUCGCGGAGAUGAAUAUCGUGUCUCAGUCAAGUGAGGUUGGUAUCGUCGGUCAGGUCAUGGAUGUUCUGCGCUCCGUCCUCGUCUUUCCUUCUCGCUCUUUCUUUCGUCUCCCUUGCUUUUGAUUUUUUCUGCUUU